GCGCGGGUUUGGUCGCAAAAUCUUCCUCUGCUCUGCUGAGGAUCUCGGGCGCUGUUAAGUCUCCGGGACAUGUCGAGGUAAAUGUUAGUUAGAGGACUUUACGGGGCUUGCCAACUGUUUAUGCGCUCUGCUGCGGGCCCGAGGAGAGGCUUACUGGAGGUUUCUGUGGGGAGAAGAAGGGAGCCAGACAGGCGACAGUCAGCGCUGUCUUGGCCGCGGGGCAGAGGCAGGGAGCGAGCGGGCGAGCCAAUGAGAAGGAGACAUCCACUCCCCUCUUGUCCUGCCCGGCUUGGCUCAGCUCGGCGCGCCCUGUAAUUACGAGCUCUAGUUGGGUUGGGCGCCGCCACGGUGGACAGCCCGGCUGCUGCUGCGUCAAGGGAGUUUGGGAACGCCAGCUCCAGACUGCGAGGACUUCUUCCCAACGCUGCUGCGACACGGUGUCAAGCCUGAGAAUGAACGGACAGUCGUCACCCAUCUUCGAGGAGAAGAAGCCUUCCCUCCCCGUGGCCGGGAGCUCCAUCUCGGCCACCAAGGACUCCCCGACCCUGCCGGAGUCCUCAUCCACGGACAUGGGCUUCUACAGCGGCCAGGGCGCGCUGCACGGCUCGCAGGAUUUCUACCCGGCGCAGCAGCCGUACUCAGCUCAACACAUGAACCCGUACGCGUACCACCACUACAACCUGAACGGGAUGGGUCCGGGCGGCGCCUACCCCGUCGGGAAAGCAGAGUACCCAUACCCCCAUGCGGCUUACAGAGAGCACGGUGCGUUCAGCAGGGAGGUCCAGUCAACGCUGCAGGACAGCGUGAAAGAGGAACCAGACAUGGAGGUUCGGAUGGUCAACGGGAAGCCCAAGAAGGUGCGCAAGCCUCGGACCAUCUACUCCAGCUACCAGCUGGCAGUCCUGCAGAGGAGAUUCCAGUCGGCACAGUACCUGGCCCUGCCGGAGCGAGCCGAGCUGGCCGCACAGCUGGGCCUCACGCAGACACAGGUCAAAAUCUGGUUCCAGAACCGUCGCUCCAAGUUCAAGAAGCUCUACAAGAACGGAGAGUUUCCGCUCGGUGAUAUUCCUCUCGAGCACAGUCCAGACGCCAGCGAUUCCAUGGCCUGCAACUCUCCUCCGUCCCCAGCCGUGUGGGAAAACAACAACAGUAACAACAACAACAACAACACCACCAACAACAGCAGCGGCAACAACACAAACGGCAGCAGCAGCAUCAAGACUGCUGCGGUGAUGGAUCCUGCCAGCAGGGGGCAGGGUCCCUAUCAGCCCCCGGUUGACUCCUCGCCGGCUUGCAUGGGAGAUUACACACACCAGAACUGGUACCAGCAGCAGGGUGCACAUUUAGGCCUGCAGCAGUCGGGCCACGCGCCAUCAACAGCCCCGUCUGCCACACAGAGCAUGGGAGCCGUCUACUGACGCUGACGCGAGCUCUGUGCACAGCAGUUUGACUGGACCCCUGCGCUCAGACUAGCCAGGGGGAUCGCUAGGAUGAGUUGGAGCGCUGUUGUGACCAGAAACACCUGACACUGAUCAUCAGACACGAGUCAGGACCCGACACGCAUAACGCAAAGGAGGCUUUUUGUUCCGCAGUAAAUGUGGACAGAAAAGUGCUGGCCUCAUCCUUCCUUUAGCCUUCAUCCACGUUAACACAGAGGUCAUGAUGGAGAUAAGGGUGACUGAUGUGGCUUGCUUUCGGUGCUGCGACCCGGACACUGACAAAUUUUUAUUUGAGAUCACUGAUUUCGCAGAUAAUAUUUUGUGUAUUUAAUAUUUUGAAUAUGACCAUAUUUAUACCGCAAACUGAACCGAUUCAGUCUUUCCCUUAAGACGCUCCCCAGGAAAGGGCCUCUGAAAACAGAUUUCACACUCGACAGAACUGAAUACUACUGAGAUUCCUCCAGACUUUGCAGUAAAUCAAAGCCCGCCACACCAGCAUGGGGAACUGUUGGGGACUGUUUGUUGUGCUCAGACACCAUGUUAAAGGUGGACAACACUGAAAGGCUGAUAACCUUUUCAAAUAAAACAUCUGUAUCAGCUGGCAAAGAAGCUAAACUGCAGAGGGACACUGAAAUGGCCCCUGAGAGGGUGUUUUGUUAAAUUUCCAAACUGAAUAUAUUGUCUUUUCCCACUCGCAGUGGGUUGUAAAAAUGUCAUCAUGGACAGUGUCGCGGAAGAUUCAGUGGAGGAUUUCCAUGUACAUUUUACCUGCCACUCACAAAGUGCUUUCUGAACAAUGUUUGCAUCCAUAUGUUUUCUGUUUGUCGAAAGGCUUUUUUAUUUCUGUCCCUUUUUAAAAUGUCUUGUCUCCCGCCGACCCAGCACUAACGCCCUCUUAUCAGUGUGAACAUUAAAAAAAACAUCUUGAAGUCAGAUUUUUCAAAGAGGACCACAUGGGCACCUGCUAAAAAAAACCAAAACGUUGGAUCCCAUAACACGAACCUGUAACCGACGUGAACUUGAGGACUUGUGUGUCGUGUGUCACGGUCGCUCUGACUGUAUGUCAAAAAACAACGACAUAAUGUUGGCAAUGUCUGUCGCAGUUUGGCUGAGCCAGUUUGAACAUAUCCCACACCCAGACGGCUGAAUAGGUUGACGGCCACUGACCGCCAAACAGCGCUCCCAAAACAGCAUCAGCGUUGCAGCAGACCAGUGACAGGCCUACCGGACCUUCGUCGUCAGGGUUUAGGCAACAAAACUACUUGGUUAUGUUGAGGAAAACAUUGUGGGUCGACUUGUAGUAACGAUUAACGCAAUGUUACUUCACUACCUUAGGAGGUUAAAGUAACUCGUCACCCUUUAUACUCCUUCGCCUGACUUCCUCCUUUGCGCCCAGAAUAAUUAUUAAAGUCGUCGAAGGUCACCGUCAAACCAGAAAAGUAAAUGUGGGUUGCAGUAAGCUGCUUUCACAGUCAACCUUUAUGGUCUUGCCGGUUUUGGCAUGGAGGGCAACAAUCCAGUGACUGAAAGAAAGCAAAACAACUGGCUUGAUGCAUAAAAUCGUUGGGUAAGAGUAACAGCUGAGAAAUGAGCCUGACUUUUAGGUUAAGUUAAGGCAGCGGAAAUUUCUCUUGGAUAAACUGCACCAAACAUCCACAUGAAGCUGCUUUCUGAAGACACCCGUUGUAGUUUUUCGGCGAUAGGAUGAUUCAUCCAAGAUAAUGAUGUCACUAUGACUUCAUAAUGGUCAUGUUCUCAGACACAACUAUUGAUAGCGAUAUUAAAAAAAAUAUUUGCCGGUGCUAAAACCUUUGAAAAAGGACUUGUACAUAUUCUAUUAACACACGUGCUGUACUCAGGUCUUUUAUUUAUAGUUUCAACUGUAGAUUGAAAGUGGCACAACAGUCUGUGUUCCUUAGGAGCAAUUUUACGAAAAAUGAGUAGAAAAUAAAAUCUUUAUAUUUGAAUUAUCCUGUAG